CUUUGGCCGCACUUGCGGCGGUUUCGCUGACGUCAGAGGAGGGCGCGCGGACGAACGGUGACGAAGACGGAAGCGGCUCAAGGGCUGGCGUGAAGGCGACCGCCGCUUCUCCACCUCAGCCGAAAUCGGCGCUGCGAUGGAGCUGCAAGAUAAUGGACAAGAAAUGGCAGCUUCUCCUCUUACAGCCUCAACAGGGAAGUCAAAGCUGGACACAUUAACAAGAGAAGAUCUCAUCAAAUUUGCAAAGAAGCAAAUGAUGCUUUUACAGAAAGUGAAAGGCAGAUGUGCAGAACUAGAAAAGGAAAUUGAGAAACUAAAAACAACAUCUGUGUCUGGAGGAACUGACGAUAUUAUUCAGGCUCUUACAGAGAAACUGAAUGUGGUUCUUUUGGAGAAAGCAGAAGCCCAGCAGCAGUGUGUAGUGCUGAAAAAAGACAAUGUGAAAAAGCAGCAAGAAGCAGAGGAUGCUCUUGCUCAGGAAGAAAUAUGGCAGAAGAAAGUUGCCCAAUUGAAUACCUCUCACCAGAAAGAAAUUGAAAGCCUUAAAAAUGAAGGAUUAAUAGCACAAUCCAAAUAUGAUGAAAGUAUAAUCACAUUGCAAAAGGAGCUGCAUACAGAACUGAAAAAACAAGAACAGCUCACAGAACAGCUUAACUUUCAUACUAAUGAGCAUGAAGAAAUCAGAAGACUACAGGAAGAGCUCCAGCAGACAAAGAUCAUUUACGAAGAGCAGAUCUUGAAUCUAAAGAAACAGAUAGAAUUGUCCAAUGAAUCGAAAAAAGAGGAAAUUACCAAACUAAAAAAUAAUAUUGAAAGUAAUUCUCAACAUUAUCAAAACACUAUUGACAAACUGAAGGCUUCUCACCAAGAUGAGUUAUCAGAGCUACUACAGCAACUUGAAGCCUCUGCUAAAUUGUGUGAGGAAGAACAAAUUAAAAUAGAUAAGCUAAAGCUGGAUUUGGUAGAGCAAUACAAGGUAAAAGAGAAAGAGAUGCAGGUUGAAUUGCAUGCUUGUAAGGAGAAAUAUGAACAGGAAUUGGAAUGCAUAAGGCAGACCUUGACUAAAGAUGAAGAAAAUCAAAAUGAGACUAGAAAUGCUGAAACAGAAAUAGUAGAAAAGACUGGGCAUGUAGAGAAAGCUUUCAAAGAACUGGAAUCUCAGCAUAGUAUAUUAAGAGAUGAAUUAACUUAUAUGAACAAUGUUAAAAUGAAACUGGAAAUGGAAGUUCAACAUAUAAAAGAUGAGUAUUUUCAUGAAAAGGAAGAUUUGGAAUUCAAAAUUAAUGAACUGCAACUUGCCAAAGAAGAUCAUUGUUGUGUAAUAGAAAAACUGAAAUCAGAGCUCCAGUCGGCAAAAGAACUAUACAAAAAAAACAUAAAAGAGAAUAGCCUCAAAAUGGAGGAUUUAGUAGAAACACAUAAAAAAGAAAUAUGUGAACUGAAUCAAGCUAUAACAUCGAGUGCAGAGAAAAAAACCCAAUCACUUACUCUUAAAAUACAGGACCUCGAAGAACAAUGUCAGAGGCAUAUAGAGGAGAAAGAAGAAGCCAUUACUAGUUAUGAGAACUUGCGAGAAACACUGGAAACUUUGCAGACUGAAUUGGGGGAAUCAGCUGGGAAGAUAAGCCGAGAAUUUGAAUGUAUGAAGCAACAGCAGGCUUCUGAUGUUGAUGAAUUACAGAAAAAGCUCCGAGCUGCUUUCAAUGAAAGGGAUGUCCUCCGAGAAGAGAUCAGUUCUCUCCAUCAACAGGUAGAACAGUUCUCCUCCCAAAAAGAGGAGGUAGAAGAGCUCAGGCAUAAAAUAGGGACUCUUCAAGAAGAGAAUGAGAAACUGGUUUGUUGUCUCCAUCAAAAGGAGUCUGACCUAAAACAAAUGAAAGAGAAAGGAAAUGAACUUUCCUCGCAGAAUAGUAGCUUCCUUGACAAAAUGAAAGGCUCAGCUGAGAAAAUAGAAAAGCUGCAAGAAAAAUGCAAAACACAACAAGAGACGGUAGGGGAACUUCAGCAACAAGUUGAAGCUCUUAGCACAUGCAACCAUCAAUUAAAGCAACAGGCUGAAGAGUUGGGGGAGAGAUUGAAAGGUGUUUCUGUGGAAAAAGAAACAAACCAGGAGAAGCUGAUCAAAUCCGAACAACAAAUGGAAGACUUUGAACAAGAUAGAAUAGGGCUGUUAUCUGAAAUAGAGGCUCUUAAAUCUGAGAAUAACAAAUUGAAGGAAGAACAAGACCAAGCAAGGCUGGAGCUAGACCGCUUGUCAUCUGAAAAAGGAGACUGGAAUCUAUCCAAAGAUAAAGCAGCCAGCUUAGAAGUGAAACUACAAAUGGCCUGUGAAGAAAAAAACCAUUUGAUUAAAGUACUUGAGGAAACAAAGGCCUUUAAAUCUCUUGUUGUUAGUCAGCUGCAGAGUCUCCAUGAAAAGAUGGGCUCCAAAUACCCAGAUGAAAACAAAGAAGAAGGUAUUGUUGACACAUUGCAGGCUGCAAAUGAAUUUUUGGCAAAAAUGAAGCAAGAGGAAGAAAGUCUGAUCUCUCAGAAAGAUGAAAAUGUUAAUCUGCGGCAAGAAUUGCAGAGAGUCCAGGAAGAAAAUGCUGCUCGGUGCACAGAGUUCAGGUCUCUAUUGGAUGAUUAUGAAAAAGAAAAAUGUCUCUUAAAAGAGGAAUUGGAAGGAACAUUCUCAGAAAAAGAAGUACUUCAACUGGAUAUUCAAGAAUUGAAACACAUGAGUGAGAAAAUCAGGAAGGAGAACCAAGAUCUUCUAGCUCACAUUGAAAAUAUUUCUGAACAACAUGCAAACCAAGAAAACAAAAUGAAAGAGCAGGAAGAAAAAUCAGAAAAAGAACAGAAAAAUCUAACCUUAAUUUUGGAGCAAAAGGAGACUGAACUGAGAAAUGUGCAAGCUGAACUUUCUUUGCUAAAGGAGUCUGUGGAGAAGUCUUCUGCUGAUCAUGAUCAGAAAUUAUCAGAAACAGAGAAAAUAGUGAAUUUGGAAAAACAGCUGAAAGAAAAGGAAGAAAAAAUAAAUAAAAUUAAAGCUGUUGCUGUGAAAUUGAGGAAAGAACUGGAUUCUAGCAGGAAAGAGGUACAGUCACUUAGAGAAGAACUGGAAUUAAUAAAAUCAGAAAAAGAGCGACUCUCUUCUUCAAUGGCAGACAUCAUUCAGGGAGCUGAGAGCUAUAAGAAUCUUUUAUUAGAAUAUGACAAGCAAGCAGAACAACUGGAUUUUCAAAAGACUCGAGCUCGUAAUUUUGAAUGUCAGAUUGAUGACCUGACCAAACAGUUGGAGAAUUCAGUUCAGCAGAAAGAACAGUGGCUUUCUGCAAAUGAAGACCUCUUGACUCGUGUUGAGACUCUUCAGACUAAUGCCAAGCUGUUAGAAACGCAACUGCUAGAAAUCCAGAAAGCCAAAGCAAAAGUUGAUAAGGAACUUGAAGCUGAAAAGCUUCUAAAAGAACAAAAAAUAAAGGACCAUGCUCACUCUGUCAGAGAAGCAGAAGAAUUUCAGACAUUACUACAGAAAGAAAAGAAGCAUCUUCAGAAAGUUUUGGAAGAGCUAGAAUUAGCAAAAAAGGAUGCUCAGAAAAGUACAUUGAUGGAUAUGGAAAUAGCUGAUUAUGAGCGUUUUGUAAAAGAACUUAAUCAAAACAUUACGGACAAAAGUAGCAGAAUUGAAGAUCUUGAGCAAGAAAUUAAAAUACAAAACCAGAAGAAAGAAAUUCUACAGGAAGAAAUCAAAUGCUUACAAAACUCUGUACAGGAGUACGAGGAAAAGAAUGGCAAGCUCAAGCAAUUACUGGUAAAAACAAAAAAAGAAUUGGCAGACUCAAAACAAGCAGAAAAUGAACUUUUAAGAUUUCAGGCAUCUCUCAAGGGAGAACUAGAAGCCAAUCAGCAACAAAUGGAAGGUUAUAAGAUUCAGCUAUCUGAACUAACUUCUGAAAAGCACAAAAUUCAGGAACAACUGCGGACUUCACUAGAGCAGCAUCAGCGGGUUUUGAGUACUUAUCAGCAGAAAGUAGCUGCUCUCCAAGAAGAAUGUAAUGCAGCAAAGGAAGAACAUUUUGCUAUAACUUCUGAAUUUGAAAACUACAAAGUCCGUGUUCAUAAUGUAUUAAAACAGAAGAAUAAAUCCUCACAAUCUGAAACUGAUGUGACCAAACAAGAAAGAGAACAUAUGGAAAAGGUAAUAGAACAACUGAAGAUUAAAUUGCAAGAGACACAACAAAAUUUACAAAUGAACGUGGUAGAUCUUCAGACUUUGCAGUCCGAACAUGAUACAUUGCUGGACAGGCACAAUAAAAUUCUUCAGGAGACUGUAGCAAAGGAAGCAGAACUCCGAGAAAAACUUUGCACAAUACAAUCUGAAAAUGUGGUAAUAAAGUCAGAACAUGCACAGACUGUGAAUCAGCUGACAGCCCAGAAUGAAGCUCUUCGGAAUAGUUUCCGUGAUCAAGUCAGACAUCUGCAAGAGGAGCACAGAAAGACAGUGGAAACAUUACAGCAGCAGCUGUCUAAAAUUGAAACCCAACUUUUUCAACUCCAAAGUGAGCCAAGUACCAAAAAUUCUGCUCCUUCUAAUCUACCAACCAAAAGUUUGCGAGAAAGAAGGAUCACUGACCUUCCUCUUCUUGAUGUGCAUGCUGUAACUAGAGAAGAAGGGGAAGGGAUGGAAACCACUGACACAGAGUCUGUAUCUUCUGCCAGUACCUAUGUGCCAUCCUUAGAACAGCUUCUCAAUACUCCAGAAAUCAAAUUUGAACCUCCACAAUGGGAAACAGAACUCACAAAACAAGAGUUGGUCCAGAAGUUAAAUACAACAUCAAAGAGUGCUGAUCAUUUAAGUGGAUUACUUCGUGAGUCAGAAGCAACCAAUGUUAUCCUAAUGGAACAAAUUAAGCUUCUUAAAAAUGAAAUAAGGCGAUUAGAAAGAAACCAGGAACGAGAGAAAUCUGUUGCUAAUCUGGAAUAUUUGAAGAAUGUCUUGCUGCAGUUUAUAUUUCUAAAAUCAGGCAGUGAAAGACAGAGACUUCUUCCAGUGAUAGACACCAUGUUGCAACUAAGCCCAGAAGAAAAAGGAAAACUUAUUGCAAUAGCUCAAGGUGACGAAGAAAGCCUGUCCCAGACCUCUGGAUGGGCAUCAUAUUUACACAGUUGGUCAGGACUCCGAUGAGUUUUCACUGUUCCUGCAUUCAAAAUCAGCAGCUGCACUGGGAAGAAUUUCAACCAUAAAGAAUGAAGCCUAUAGCUGGGUAACUCUUUUUGGGGUUUUCCCACAACUGCCUCAGUUGGUUUUAUUUAAGAAAUAAUAUUCUACAUAAGACUUGUUGAAGGACUUGGAGUAAUGUCUUGUAGUCUCAGUUUCUGACUUCCUUUUUAGUGCAGGUAUGGAGGUUUUCAGUGAACUUUCCUCCUAGCAAGAGCUAUCCUUUUCAUUGACUGGUGAGACAAUCUGUGUGACUGUGUCAUUCAUCAAAUGAAUCUGUAAACUUUUACAGAGCAAAAUUUUGUAUGUUUCCAGACCAUCCCUGGGUUGGAAUUUCUAACAGUAGCAGGCUUCCAUAAUCUGCUGUCCACCAGUAGUAGAUUCAAUACAACUUCUAAAAUGUUCAGCCCUGGAAUUCUAUAUGUUGCAGUUCAAAACAUCUAGAGGAUAUUAACUUUGGCUGAACUACCACUUGCAUUCCUCCUUUUAAUCUGUCUAGAAGUAUGAUUCAGUUUGGUGAUCAUUGACAGAAAAUGCUGACUACAGAUUUCCUAUGCUGCUCGAAGCUUUAUUUCUUUAGUACCCCAAACUAAAAAAAAAAAAAAGAUUUUGCUGAGCUUUAAAAUGCUUAUUCUUCUGGAACUGAAAGCUGAAUGCAAAAAUAAAGUGAAUGUCUUCUGCACAUUCACUUUACUUAACACUAAGAAUUUUCCCAAGCUCAUUUAAUGAUUCUUUAGACUAAUAGUAUACAUCUUGUGUUGGGGCAUUGCUUUGACAGAUUAUUGCAUUGUCCAUUCAAUUGCUACUUGAACAAGACUGAGAGCAAACUUUUAAAAAUCAAAUUAAAAACAAAUAUGCAUCAUUUAGAAAUCAGUUGGAAACUGUAUUCUUCUGGCAUUCAAAGGAAACAUUGAUACAUUGCUUAUGUUAAGUAAUAUCUAAAGAUAAAAAAUGAUAUUUUGCUAUGAAUGAUGAAUCCAAAAUAUAAUUGCUCGGAAUUAUCUAAGUUGAGUGUUAGCCAAAGAAAAAAUACUGAAAUGUAGUUUUUAUGGGUUUGUCAAGAUACCAUUUUGCCACAUUCAGAUUUACCUUUGUAAUUCUUGUUCUUUAUCUGCAUUCUCCUUCAGAAUUGGAUCUCUUUGUGGACAAAAAAGAUGUUGACAUACAUAAAAGCUUGGAUUUAGAGCCCAUAAAAUUUAAGAUCCAUUAAUAAUUUAAAAUCCAUGUAUUUGAAUAAAUAUGAUUGAAGCUGUUGGAGGGGCAACUUAUUGUGUACAGAAUACUUCAGUGUCCAGCUAUAUGUGCUGUCAAAUAGGUUACUGCUAGAGCCCAGCACAAGACUAAGAUGGAUUAAGAAAUAAUUAUCUUGGUUAUACUGGUUGUCUAUAGUGAAGGAGCUGCUGAUGCUAUUGUGCCCUGAGUUGUCUGUGAAUGAAAUCUAAACUUUUGUAGAUAACUGUUCUUGAAAGAAAUGAUUUAGUGCCUAUUCAACACCUUUCUCCAGUGCAUAUCCUAUAUCUUAAAAUAGUGUAAUUAUUAUAUGGAAGAAGAAAUAUUUAGUCAUUAAGAGAUGACAUUUUAAUGGCAAGGCCAUUUCAGAAAUGCCUAUUCAACCAAAUAUGUUGGUCAUCAUCAAUUUUCAUAGACGUUCAGAUAUAAGAGUGAGGAGAAAAUAUCCUUUAUCAUUGAAGUAUAACAUGAGAACACAGCCCAUAGCUAUGUGUUGUCUAGUUCAACACAUUUCUACUAUAUGCUUAUAGGGCUGGCCAGUUCCACAAUUCUGAAAGUGUUUGGAAAAUGAGCUUAGUUUAAGCAUAUAUAAUGUUUCUCUUCAGUAAUAAUAAUUGUGUGACAUUUCUUGAUCAUGUAAAAGUCUCUUUGCUUAGCCUUGAUAGCACUGACAUUAGGAGAAGGAAAACUAAUUAUUGUGGCUGUUCAGAUCCCAGCCUUUCUUCACCGGUCAGCCAUGACUUUCAUCAUCUUGGUUUCCUCUAAACAUGUUGGAGUUCCUUUCCCAGAAUUCUUAGCCAAUGUGGUCUCAAAGAAUUAAAACAGAAUAUCUGAAGAGCAGUGAGUGGGGAAAGUUGCUUGAAAUGUUAAAGUUUGUCACUAAGUGCUUAUUGACCUCCAACAUAUUGAGGAGACCAAGAUGAUGAAAGUCGUGGCUGACCUGCGAAGAAAGGUUGGGAUCUGAACAGCCACAAUGCUUAGCUUCCCCUCUCUUACUGUCGGUGCACAGACACUUCUGAUAUGAUCAAGAAAUGUCACACAAUUGUUAUUACUGAAGAGGAACAUCUUAUAUGCUUAAACUGAGCUCACUUUUCAAACAUGUUUAGAAUGAUGGAAUUGGACAGCCACUAUAAUAUUUGGUGGAAUUGGAUUUGGCUUUUCCUUUUCAAAAAGUUUGAAUUUCACAAGUCAGUAAUUUGGCUUGUCCCCUGUCAUGCUUAAACUGAGAAGGAAAAUCUGGACCAUCAUUAAUAGUUUACUAGUUCCAGAAUUAGUACAUCUGAAAACUUGCUACUGAUUAUUUCCUUAUCUACACACUUUUAUUAAUAGCUGUGACAAUAUGAAAUUGUCUUUUUGAUCAUUUCAAAUCUUUUUUUAAUAAUUUCAGACUGUGAAUAAAUUGUGCAUAUAUCUGUUUAUUACUUUUCAUUUUCACUUGUAUGUUCGGUAUAUUAAAAUACAAAACUUUUAAAUGUAAUUUAUUAUCCACAUGCCUUAAAUAUAUCUUACACUACAGAGAAAGAUUUUAGGUAAUGUGACAAGGCAGGGAUUCCAAAUUAAAAUAAUGGAUGCAAAAUA